UUCUCUAGAUGUCGUAUGUAAGUUUAAUUGCUCACCACUAGGGUCGCAUUCUUCUGCGAUCUUCUGCUGCACGUGUGGCUGAAGUGUGUAACGUUCUUCGUUCUCGGCAUUUUUGCUUUAUUUUUUCAAUCAAAUUUGAUUGUUACUCACAUUAAUUCAUAAAGAUCAUGGCUGCUCAAUUUUUUAAUCGAAUUAGUCAACUGGGUGUUGGAGUUGCCUUAACUGCUGGAGUUAUUAAUUCCGCAUUGUACAAUGUUGAGGGAGGCCACAGAGCUGUUAUUUUUGAUCGUUUCUCUGGUGUGAAAAAUGAAGUAGUAGGAGAAGGCACACAUUUUUUUGUUCCUUGGGUGCAGAAGCCAAUCAUCUAUGACAUUAGGUCCCGACCAAGGAAUGUACCAGUUAUCACUGGCAGCAAAGAUCUUCAAAAUGUAAACAUUACUUUGCGUGUCCUGUUCAGACCUGUCCCAACUUCUCUCCCUAAUAUCUACAGCACCUUGGGCAUUGAUUAUGAUGAGCGUGUGCUCCCCUCUAUUACAAAUGAAAUCCUGAAAGCUGUUGUUGCCCAGUUUGAUGCUGGAGAAUUGAUCACUCAGCGUGAAGUCGUAUCCCAGAAAGUUAGCGAAGCUCUAACGGAAAGAGCUGGACAGUUUGGCUUAAUCUUGGACGAUAUCUCCAUUACGCACUUGACUUUUGGCAAAGAAUUUACCCAAGCUGUUGAGUUAAAACAAGUUGCACAACAAGAAGCUGAACGAGCUCGUUUCCUUGUAGAAAAAGCCGAACAAUUAAAGAAAGCUGCAGUCAUUUCAGCAGAAGGUGACUCCCAAGCCGCUUCUCUUUUGGCCAAAGCCUUUGGUGAUGCUGGUGAAGGUCUCGUCGAACUUCGACGAAUUGAAGCUGGCGAAGAUAUUGCUUACCAAUUGUCCAAAUCUCGAAAUGUUGUCUACCUGCCAAAUGGCCAGCAGACGCUUUUGUCGCUACCGCAGUAACGAAUUUAGUCCUAUCAAGUUUUUGUAUCGUAUGGGGCGAAAAAGGUUUCGGUACGAGGUCAGUUAAUAAGUUAUUAGCACAUUUUUCUGAAUGCUAUUUCAUUGACUGGUCACGUUUCGAAAAAAAAACUAAUCAUUCGAUGUUUCCGUAGACACUUGUCAUCUAUUCAUAGAAAUACAAUAAAUAAUUGUA